UCAGCCUGCCACGCCCCCUUUCUCCAUUCACUUACUGCUCAUCUCGUCGACGUAAUAAAACAAUUUUGAUUUCGCGUUGAUUAUUGACCCGAAAAGAAUAUAAUGAGCGCGAUUGCGUGCACCUGUAUCGGUUAACGAGUGUCACCAUGGUGUGAUCUGGUACCGCAAACAUGCACUUCGCGAUUCCGGACACGGUCGAGUUCACCAACUCGGGAGGCUCUGUUUUCGUGGGCUUCAACGUGCACAUCAAUGGCACGUACCACUGCAGCGUGCGCUACCGGCAACUCCUGUGUCUGCACGAGCAGCUCAAGAGGGAGCUCGAGCAGCCGCACUCGCUGCCCCCGUUUCCGCCCAAGAAACUACUCCCGCUGUCCCAAGGUCAGCUGGACGAGCGGCGGUUGAUGCUGGAGAAGUAUCUGCAGACAGCAGCGAGCCAAGACCCGCGCGUGGCCAGCAGCGACCUCUUCAAAGGCUUCCUGCUUUCGGCCCAGCUCGAGAGCAGCAAAGAGACGAGCGCUCCGGUCACCCUGGACGUGCACCUGAUGAGCGGCCAGAAAAUCAGUUUGGAGGUCAUCACCUCGGACCCUUCAGACGAAGUGUUGGAAAAUUUGAGCCAAAAAUUGCACCUAGCACCAGAGUUUGUCAAGUUUUUCUCCUUGUUUUUAAUUAGGAAAGACGAUGACGGCAGCGGUGAAAUUACUGUGAUCAAAAAACUGGAAAAUUACGAAUCUCCGUACAUAUCAUUGAAAAGUUUACCCGGUCUUCACCGCGUUGUCCUCAGGAAGAAUUUUUGGGAUCUGUCUGUGGAGACGAUGCUGGCCGAGGACAGGGUGGCGCUCAACUUGCUGUACACUCAGGCCAUUUGGGAGGUGGAGCGGGGCUGGAUUUUAACCACUAAGGACGUCCGGAACAAACUCUCGUCGCUCCAGUCCAGAGGCGAGAAAAGAGAGUACCUGGAAGUGGCCAAGGGGUUGAAGUACUACGGCUUUGUGCAAUUCGGCGAGUGCUGGUGCGACUACCCGCACAAGGGGACCAGGGUGCUCAUUGCUGCGGGGAACAAGGAGCUCAACUUCCGGGUGCGCCUGCAGUCGCCGGACGCUUCGUCCAGUUCUUCUUCGUCCGACUCUUCCGAGUCGGUCAGCGAAGGCAGCUUCAGAGUGACGAGAAUGCGGUGCUGGAGAAUCACCACUCUCCAUGCUGAUGAAGUAAGUGAGGCUCUGGACAACUGCGUUAGUCCUGGGCCCAGACUCGAGCUUUCCUUUGAAUACUUGAUGGCCAAGGAUCGAUUGCAGUGGAUCACUGUUGUGAGCGAACAGGCGAUCCUGAUGUCGGCCUGUCUGCAAGCCAUGGUGGCCGAGCUGCUGGCCAAGAAGGGCAGUCCGUCGACGCCGAAAGCGCCGAACCGGCCGUGGUCCUUCAUGCGCCGCGACGGCACCUUCCACCGGAUCAGGCCGGUCAUCCGCUCCGUGUCCAGCGACGCAAUUUCCGAGGUGAGCGUGCGGUCGCAAGACUCGACUGUUGGCAGACACGACGAGGGCCGGUCUUCGAUAAAACGCCUCUCCGGGAGACUGUCUGGGAUGUCCCUGAAGGGGCCCAACAGUCCGUCGACCCCUGCGAACCCUUUCGUCGAGAACGACGCGUUCGACGGAAUCGGAGACGACGACCUUUGAGCAGACUGUCAAUCGAUAUUAUCCAAACCGUCCCUGGAUUGGCUCUUGGACUGAUUUUUGGCCAACAAGGAAAAAAAUUUCAAUCAAGUGGAAAAAGGAGUCGGUGCCAAUUUGCAAUGAUUUCCACUUUGUUGCUCAACCAGCAACGUCAGACAUGUUUUUAAUCUCUUUUUACUUAUAUACUGGACGUUUUAUUUGUUAUCCACCCCCAUUCUAUCUUUUAAGCAAAUCCAACUUAUAUAUAUAUAUUUGUUUUUUGUAUUUUUUUCGAGCGGAGCAAAAAGAAGGAAUAUUUUUGUACAGGAUUGAACAGACUGAAUGUGGGACGCGCUACAUAUAUUAUUUGCAACUUGUAGAUGUCACCGAGUCCUUCUUACGCAACAGAUUUUAUAUAUUUACGAUACUUGAUUAAUUUUUGAAUGUUUAGCAAUGACACUUUUGUUGUUUCUCGCAAACAACUGAGGACAAUUAAUUAAUAUUACUCUCUUUUUGUUGAUGUGAUGUUCCCUGCAUCUGGUCUGUGUGGAAAUAAAAUGUCAAGUUGUACUCGG